ACUAGUUACUACGCUUUCUAUCAUUUUCUUCAACCUCUCCACGGAUUUUAUUAGUCAACAAAAAACCAAUACUAUUAACUUCCAUUCAUCUCCUAUCUUCGUCCCCUGCUUUUCACCAUCUCUGCUCUCUCGCUCUCUCUGUUUCACAAAAAAAAAAAAAAAAAAAAAAAAAAAAAAAAAAAAAAUGGAUCUCCACCAUCUCUACCAAAACCUCUUAAUCUUCAUGGUCGCUGUAAUUUUAAUCCACGGUCCAUCAUCUUCGUCCGCCAACGAAUACGACGACUGUGGCAAUCUCUUUGAAUGCGGAAGUAUCCGGGUAGGUUAUCCCUUCUGGGGAUCCAAUCGACCGAAACAAUGUGGCUACCCUGAUUUCCAGUUGACCUGCCCCGCUGCCAACGUGACACUGCUCUCAAUCUUUUCUGAGGAUUAUCGAGUUCUUAAAAUCGAUGAAGAUGCGGGUACCAUGGACGCUGUGAGGAAUGAAUACCGGACCGAUGUUUGUCUUGAUGGUCAAACACAGCCCAAAAACACCACCAUACAACAGAGCGGUUUAUUCACCUAUAACUCAGAUACUGAAGAGCUGAGGCUUUUCUAUUCCUGCAAUUCCCAAUUGGGUGCAAUUUGGCCAAACCAUUUCAAUUGCAGUUCAUCUAUUAAUUACUAUUUCACACAAGCCCAGAUAGCCACACAGAACGCACAGGGUAACCUUCGAACUGGACCUACUGUAAUUGAGAGUCUCCUUGGAAGUUGUGCACAAAAUGUUUUAGUCCCCAUUUUCAAAACACAAGCCACCAUUUUACAAUCGGCGAAUAUGACUGCUCUACCAAUAGCAGAUGUGAUAACGGCUGUGAGUACUGGGUUUCGGUCGUCGUGGAAUGCCACUAUUAGAGCUCAGUGUGAUAGCUGCCUAACCCAAAGCAGUACUAAUCGCUGCGGCUUCAGUACUACUUCAAAUGAACUCACCUGCUAUGAAGCUCUAGGCGGCAGCCCAGGGAGUAACAACAAACUUUCAGUUGGAGAAGGCAUUGCAGUCGGAGCUGGAGGCCUUGCUGUCAUUAUCAUAGGAUUAUGUAUUUGCUUUUUCUUACAAAGAAGGAAGAAGCGUACAAUGGUAGCUAAGGAGGAGGAGGAGGAUUAUUUAGAUCAUGUACCAGGGAUGCCUGAGAGAUUUUCCUUUGAGGAUUUGAAAGCCAUGACUCAGAAUUUCCAUAACAAGUUGGGGGAGGGUGGAUUUGGAAUAGUGUUUGAAGGGACUCUGAGCAAUGGCAUGAAAGUUGCGGUGAAACGUCUCGACGGUUUAAGGCAAAUCAAGAAGUCAUUUUUAGCCGAGGUUGCAACUAUCGGCAGCAUCCACCAUGUUAACUUGGUGAGAAUGAUUGGAUUUUGUGUUGAAAAAUCACACAGGCUUCUUGUUUACCAAUACAUGCGUAAUGGAUCUUUGGAUAAAUGGAUUUUCCACAAAACUUAUGAACUUUUAUUAAGUUGGCAGCAGAGGAAGAAAAUCAUUCUGGACAUAGCCAAGGGAUUGAGCUAUCUCCAUGAAGAUUGCAGGCAGAAGAUAAUUCACUUAGAUAUCAAGCCGGAAAACAUUCUGUUAGAUGAAGAUUUCAACGGAAAACUUUCUGACUUCGGAUUGUCUAAGCUAAUUGAAAGGGACCAGAGUCAAGUUGUGACAACCAUGAGAGGCACACCGGGCUAUUUGGCUCCUGAAUGGUUAGGUUCAGCAAUUACAGAGAAAGUAGAUGUCUACAGCUUUGGAAUUGUGAUAAUGGAAAUAGUGUGUGGACGUAGAAAUGUGGAUCGCUCUCAACCUGAGGAAGCAAUGCAUUUACUUGCUCUGUUUAAGCAGAAAUGUGAAGAAAACCAACUGGUGGGACUGAUUGAUAAAUGUUGUGUGGAUAUGCGAUCACAUGAAGUAGAAGUUGUAAAUAUGAUGAAAGUUGCAGCUUGGUGUUUGCAAAGUGAUUUUGUAAAAAGGCCUUCCAUGUCAAUGGUGGUGAAGGUGUUGGAGGGUGUUAUGGAUAUUGAACAUAACAUGGACUAUGACUUCACCGAAGCACAAUUUGGCCACCGGGAAGAAAAUCGUGAUGAUGUUGCAACCUCAUUGUUGCCAUCAGUUCUAUCCCAACCACGGUAAAUUAUAUAACAUAUGUCUGAUCAUUUUCAUGGUUCGACUUCUACAUGUUAACCACCAUCUCGCUCUUUCCUUUCUUCGGUGCUACCUUCUUCUUUCCAAAGGAUGGGGUUGGGAUGUAUAAGAACCUUUUUUUUUUAAUUUUUUUUUCCAAUUGUUGUAAUCCAUCAAUCGAUUCGAAGAAGAUUCAUAAUUAAAAAACAUGGCUCUACAUGUUUUUGUAUCAACUUUAUUUUGACUCUGUUUCUUAAAUUUAUAUUCAUGGUUCAACAUGUUAUUGUAU